CUCCUUCUUCCUUCAUGCUGUCCAACUCAAGUGCUACCUUAGGCUCUUCAUCUUCAUAAGUUUUGUUGAGGAUCGCAAUGACUUCUUCUUUCUGUUGCUUAAGUUCAUUCUUGCGUGCCUCCGAAGCAUAGCUUUGCAGAAAUGAGCCUUUGAACAUGAACUUCUAGUUUUCAGUGAGGAGUUCUUAUUCCUCCUCUUCUUCUUCGUAUUAGUCCUGGGUGUCAUCAGCAUCUUGUUGCUCUCUCCACCUGAAGAUCUUCUCGAAGUCAAGUUUCGGAACCAGUGGGUGAUCCUUGCAGUCGACUCCUCACACAAAUUUGUGUCAAUCAGUCCUGUAUUCGUCACUAGUGAUUCCAAUCCAGUCAAGGUCGAUCUUCUGGUCAGUGCUCUGGCCUCUAGACUGGCUGUCUGCAUCAGCAUCAAGGGCCUUGCUCUGCUCUUUGAUCAUGGCUUCGACCUUCAUUUUAAGUUCUUUGUUCUCGGCUGCAGUCUUCUUGUGUCUUGACUCGGCGUCUUUAAGCUUGGCCACUUCUGAGUUCAAAUCUUUGUUCUGAGUCUUGAGUUUAUCAAUGGUGUUCUGAAGAGCGUCUUUGCUUUCUUUGGCUUUCUUGAACAAGUUGUAGUUCCUGGCAGCCUCUCGCUCCGCAGUUUCCUUCUGAGACUUAAGCUUCUUGUGGUCGGAGAUGAGUGUGGACUUCUCACUUUGCAGUUUCUGGAUUUUCUCUUGCGCAUUGAUGAGUUUCUGGUUGUUUUCUUUGAGAAUGAUACUGUCUUGGUCUCCGUUCCUGAGCCGGUCUUCUUGGAUGAUUUUACAGGAAACUACUUCAUAUUCUCUCCAGGCCAAGUUCAGAAUUGGUACAAACGAAGGGUUGGUCCUUGCAAUGUCUUCGAAUGGAGCUGCCACUUUAUCGAAGUAUGGAGCAUACAACUCGGAGGCAGCUAUGUUCUUAGAGUAAACACCCUUAUCUGUCAUCUGGGGCAUGUUGGGGUUGUAGAAUAAGUUCUCGACUCCUUUCUGCACAUAAACCACUCUGUUCUUGAAGGGACCCUCAGUCAGCACUCGGUCUUUGUUGAUUUUGCCUUCAUAGUGGUUGAAGUACUUGUAGCAGUCACGCUUGCAUGUGAUCGCGUCUUAAUUUCUUGACUUGUUCAUGUAGUCCAUUUCAUUUGAAAUGGUUCUAUUGCCUUUGUUGUCUGGGGUUUCGGAUCAUCAAGAGUUAUAGUUGGUACAUUGUUGAUGUUAUUGUAAAUAAGGCAAGGCUUAGACUUGGCUCUGUUUCUGCCAUUAUUAAGCGAAGCAUCAUCAGUGGCUUCAGUGUUCAUCCAGUGUCUACUGCAGUCACCAACUAAGCCAAGAAUUGCUUUGUAAAGAUUGUUACAUUUAAUUUUAUUGGACUUCUUAUUGGGUUUUUGCUGUAAGACUUUUUGCCUUUUGAUUUGUCUGGAGAUUCAGAUAAUUUGUUUUGAAGUUUGAGCAAAAUAUGUUUACUUUUCUUCUUUGAUGAUUUGCAUAUGUAUUUUUCCUGCUUUGAGAUGUUCAUGUAGCUAGUCUCAGCGUUUCUACUAUCGCGAGGAUGCUCCUUUUUACUCAUGUUAGAGUAAAUGUUGUAAACACUUUGCUUGUUACGUCUUAAAUAUCCAUCAAGAUACUUCUUGCUUCUUUUAUCCUGACUUCAUGAUGCUCUAAAGUUUGAAGAACUUUUUAGUUUUUAAUUAGUUAAUUUAGCCAUCACGUUAUGCGCUGUUUUAUACAUAUUAAAUAGCUGUUUGAAAUUAAUAAGACACUUAUUCUUGUUUUCUGCACUGUCAUUAAACAACUCCUCCUUGGUCUUCUUGCUCUUGACAAUUUUUUUGCUGUUAUAAUUCUUUUUCUGGAUAAUGAUAGGUUAGCCAGCAUCUCAAACCCUGAGUUGUUGCUGUGCUUGCCCUUGUGGUUGAUUUUGCUGUAUUUGCCAGCUUUGCUAGCAGCAACACCUCUGCGUUUGGCUUUCUUGUUUGAGCUCUUGUGGGCAUAUGUUGCUGAGUUAUUCAGAAGCAUGUUGCUAUUAUUAAAGAAAUUUUGAAUUGUAGCUUCAGAUUGCUUCUUUGAUUUGAUACUUGUUUAGUUGACCUUUGAGACUUAAUUUUGGCAACUGCACAGAUUUUUGCUUACCAGAUGUCAAGAAACAGAAGCCUUAGACUUUUUAAUCUUAUAAGCAAAUGGAGAUUCUUCUCGAAGGUUAUUUUCCGGAUUGGGAGAGUAAGAAGACCUCAUUGAAUAAUCCUUCUGUAAAGUCUGGCACUUUUACAUUAAGAUCUGAUUCCGAAGUUGUUCGUUAUUGAAAACCCUAAGGUAUUGCUGGGGCAAGCUUGUCUCCCUUUAAUAAUGCUCCUAUUAGAGUCCAUUUUGCUGGAUUUAACAUUUUUCACUUAGAAUUUAAAUCGAAUGAAACCUAACAUACUGUA